UUAAUCUCAGAUCCGACAGACAACUGAAAUGGAUCAUCGCCAGUCAACCCCCUCUCUCUUUCUCUCCGCCCUCACUCCGUUGACCCCUCCUUGACCAACGAGUAUGGGCAACUGCAACGGCCUUCCCUCCUCCGCCUACUCCCGCCACCGCCACCCCGAUCACUCCUCCGAUGGCCCCCAGUCCACUGCCAACGGCCUCAACAUCCACCCCACCACCCCUCCCCGCCCUCAUCCCGCCGCCCCUCCCCGCCCUCCGCCCCCUCGCCAGCACCAGCCUCAGCCGGCCGGCCCCACCGUCGGCCGCGUCCUCGGCCGCCCGAUGGAGGACGUCCGGGCCACCUACAUCUUCGGCCGAGAGCUGGGCCGGGGACAGUUCGGGGUUACCUACCUGGUGACCCACAAGGAGACCAAGCAGCAGUUCGCCUGCAAAUCUAUCGCCACCCGCAAGCUCAUCAACAAGGACGACGUCGAGGACGUCCGCCGUGAGGUCCAGAUCAUGCACCACCUCACCGGCCACCGGAACAUUGUGGAGCUGAAGGGAGCUUAUGAGGAUAGGCACUCUGUCAAUUUGGUGAUGGAGCUGUGUGCCGGGGGAGAGUUGUUUGACCGGAUCAUAGCCAAGGGGCAUUACUCCGAGCGUGCCGCAGCGAAUCUGUGCAGGCAGAUAGUGACCGUGGUGCACGAUUGCCACACAAUGGGAGUUAUGCACAGGGAUUUGAAGCCCGAGAACUUCCUCUUCUUGAGCAAUGAUGAGAAUUCGCCCUUAAAGGCUACUGACUUCGGUCUCUCCGUGUUCUUCAAGCGAGGAGAUGUGUUCAGAGACCUCGUCGGAAGUGCAUAUUAUGUGGCCCCAGAAGUGCUUCGUCGUCACUAUGGAGCUGAGGCCGAUAUAUGGAGUGCUGGGGUGAUUUUGUACAUUCUGCUCAGUGGUGUCCCACCUUUCUGGGGAGAGAAUGAACAGGGCAUAUUUGAUGCGAUUCUUCGGGGACAUAUUGAUUUCUCAUCAGAUCGUUGGCCGUCGAUAUCGAGCAGUGCUAAAGAUCUUGUAAAGAAGAUGCUGCGGUCCGAUCCCAAAGAAAGGCUUUCUGCAGUCGAAGUGCUUAAUCAUCCAUGGAUUAGAGAAGAUGGAGAUGCAUCUGAUAAGCCUCUUGAUAUUGCCGUCUUAACUAGAAUGAAGCAAUUCAGAGCAAUGAACAAACUUAAGAAAGUUGCUCUAAAGGUAAUUGCCGAAAAUCUUUCUGAAGAAGAAAUCAUGGGGUUGAAGGAAAUGUUCAAGUCCAUGGACACAGAUAACAGCGGAACGAUCACAUAUGAAGAGUUGAAAGCUGGUCUCCCGAAAUUGGGCACCAAGCUUUCUGAGAGUGAGAUAAAACAAUUAAUGGAAGCGGCUGAUGUUGAUGGAAAUGGAACAAUUGAUUACAUUGAGUUUAUCACUGCAACUAUGCAUCUGAAUAGAGUGGAGAGGGAGGAUCAUUUAUACAAGGCCUUUGAGUACUUCGAUAAGGACAAGAGCGGGUACAUUACAAUGGAGGAGUUAGAACAUGCACUGAAGAAGUACAAUAUGGGCGAUGCCAAAACCAUAAAGGAGAUCAUUGCCGAAGUUGACACUGACAAUGAUGGAAGAAUUAAUUACGAUGAGUUUGUGGCUAUGAUGAGAAAAGGCAACCCUGAACUGAUCCCAGGCAGACGUCGAAAAUGAUGAAAUGAGUGUUGGGGUCUGUGUUGGGCAUUUUUACAAUAUCGUGGCUCCAGGCAGACUAUAAGUGAGACUGCUCUCGGUUACUAAGCAGGGUUGUAUGUCUAUUUGAUUUUUAGUGUGACCAAAACUGCUAGUCCUUCACUGAAGAGUAUUCUUUUUGGUUUGCAUUUAUACAUUUGCUUUCAUGGAGGAACAGAGCCAGGAAAAUUCGAGCUUGUGACAGGUUCUUAGAUCAAUCCUUUUGUCUUUGAGAUCAGACAGAUCAGUUCACGAGUUUGGUUUCGGUAGAUAUAAAGGUUGGUUCUUCCGCCCAGAGAUUGUUUCCAAAUUGUUUGCGUUUGAUAAAUUUGUCGAUCAAUUACAAUUGAACGAACUUUGGUUGAGUUGAAUCUUGUAA